GUACGUAUAAAAAAUUUUGUUUUUGUUCGUUUUAAUGGCUCGUUGUGGUGCAGUUCGUAAAAAAGGCCCUUCUUGCAGUUCUACUAAGAAGGCCACGUGCCAAAGAUGCAGCAAAAGUAGUUCUAUAAGUUCGUUUAAGGGACGCAAUCCUUUUAUACUCUUCCUUCACGAGUUUCGCAAGCAGCAGAAGGCUAAAAACUGUGAUUUGUCAGCUCCGGAACUAGCCGAGAUGGCAGGUCGGAAGUGGCGGUGCAUGUCACGAGCUGAAAGACUGCCCUACAUUAAUGCCGCUAGCAGGAACAAUUACAUAUACAGGUCCAGAUGCAAGCAAGUGAAUUGGGGCGUCGAUUUGCUACGCGAAGCUGUGGGCGGUACGAAUACUAAGUUGGAGUUCUUGUACGCACUAUCAGAGGGUAUUAUGCGAAUGCGGGACAGUGUGGAGGAAAAGCUGCUAAAAAUUAAAGAUAAAAAUGAUGAAGAAGAAGAGGAGGAGGAAAACGAGCGUAUAUGUGAAAAGAUGGACAUUGAAAAUGAAGAGCAGCCGUGCACAGCAAAUGUGAAAAUCAAACAGGAGUAAAAUUAAUAUCUGUAAAUCAUUUCAUUUCAAAGUGCAAUAAAAAUGAGCAGUUUUGUCAGCGAUACA